UCAACCCAUUUCAAUCAUAAAAAUAUUAAUAAAGAAAAAAGAAACUGCUGCUUGCGGCAAGGUAAAGGUUUGGUGGAGGGAGGAGGAUGGAGGAAGAAGAAGAUUGUGAACGCAAGGGCAUAUAGUUCAUGUAAGGGCGUUCAGUCCAAUUGCUCUUGACAAAAAAAGAUGCACAGAUUUUACCGGAGAACCAUUUCUCUCUUCAACAAUCCACCUUCUGCAUUACUACUCACGAAAUCGAACACCCCAUUAACCUUCUUUCUCAGAAAACCGCACUUGUCUCUGUCUCUGUCUCCAAUAAGCUCUCACACGAAUCCCAAUGGUACAACAGAGACUGGAGGGUUUGGGCCUAUUCACCUGAAAACUACUCCGCAUGAUUCCACCAAUGAUAGAGACGCCGACGAAUUUUCCGCUGACGUCGAAAAGGUGUACAGGAUUCUAAGGAAAUUCCACACCAGGGUUCCGAAACUCGAGCUUGCUCUGCAGGAAUCCGGUGUCGUUUUACGCUCUGGUCUUCCGGAACGAGUUUUAAGCCGGUGUGGCGAUGCCGGAAACUUGGGUUACCGGUUUUUCGUCUGGGCUUCGAAGCAACCGGGUUACAGGCAUAGUUAUGAAGUGUAUAGAGCUAUGAUUAAAACCUUGGGGAAGAUGAGACAGUUCGGAGCCGUAUGGGCGCUGAUUGAGGAAAUGAGAAGAGAGAAUCCAUACAUGUUAACGCCUGAAGUGUUCAUUGUUUUGAUGAGGAGGUUCGCUUCCGCCAGAAUGGUAAAGAAAGCAGUUGAGGUGCUUGAUGAAAUGCCCAAGUAUGGGUGCGAACCUGAUGAGUACGUAUUUGGGUGCCUUCUUGAUGCUAUGUGUAAAAAUGGCAGUGUUAAAGAAGCAGCUUCGCUAUUUGAAGAUAUGAGAAUUCGGUUUAAUCCCACUCUGAGACAUUUCACAUCAUUGUUGUAUGGUUGGUGCCGAGAAGGCAAGAUUUUGGAGGCGAAGCAUGUAUUGGUCCAAAUAAAGGAAGCUGGUUUUGAGCCGGACAUUGUGGUUUAUAACAAUUUACUUGGUGGGUAUGCUCAAGCAGGGAAAAUGCGGGAUGCUUUUCAUCUGUUGGAGCAAAUGAAGAAAGUGAACUGUGGGCCAAAUGCAGCUUCUUAUACAAUUCUGAUUCAGGCGUUCUGUAAGAUGGAAAAGAUGGACGAGGCAAUGCGUAUUUUGGUCGAGAUGCAAGGGAGGGGAUGCGAGGCAGACGUUGUGACUUACACAACUCUGAUAAGUGGAUUUUGCAAGUGGGGGAACACAGACAGAGCAUAUGAGAUAUUGGAUAAUAUGAUUCAGAAAGGCCAUGAUCCUAGUCAGUUGAGUUAUUUGUGUAUAAUGAUGGCGCAUGAAAAGAAGGAACAGCUGGAAGAGUGUAUGGAACUCAUGGAAGAAAUGAGGAAGAUUGGUUGCUUACCAGACCUUAACAUCUAUAAUACAGUCAUAAGGUUAGUAUGCAAGUUGGGGGAGCUCAAGGAAGCUGUUCGACUUUGGGGUGAAAUGGAAGCUGGUGGGCUUAAUCCAGGUCUUGACACAUAUAUUGUGAUGGUUCAUGGGUUUCUUAGUCAAGGUUGUCUAAUUGAAGCUUGUGAUUACUUCAAAGAUAUGGUUGAAAGAGGUCUAUUAUCUGCUCCACAGUAUGGUACUUUGAAGGAACUAACAAAUGGUCUUUUGAGAGAUCAAAAGCUUGAAUUGGCAAAAAACAUGUGGAGUUGUAUUACUACUAAAGGAGGUGAACUUAAUGUCAGUGCUUGGACAAUUUGGAUUCACGCACUUUUUUCGAACGGGCAUGUGAAGGAGGCUUGUUCUUACUGCUUGGACAUGAUGGAUGCAGACCUAAUGCCGCAGCCGGAUACUUUUGCCAAGCUAAUGCGUGGCCUGAAGAAACUUUACAAUAGACAACUAGCUGUAGAGAUCACAGAUAAGGUGAGGAAGAUGGCUGCAGAUAGGAACAUCACUUUCAAGAUGUAUAAGAGGCGAGGGGAGAGAGAUUUAAAAGAGAAAAUCAAGGCCAAAGAAGAUGGAAGGAAAAGAAGAGCACGUAAACGCCGCUGGGGUGGAGUGCACAAAAAGACUAAAUCCCUGUAAUUUAAGAGCCUUGUCACGAAGAAUGAUUCAUUCUGCGGUUUCUGUAAAAGAUUUGAUUUGUAAUGGUUGGUGCAUCAUUACUGCUUCUACAAUCUGCCGUCCAUCAUUUUACUGAAUUGACGAGAAGUGUUCUUUGGCUCUCUGAUUUAGUUCAUUGCAGCCGAUAUCAAUUAUAGGUGUAUUCUAUUAGUGAGGAAACUACACGUGGGAUCUUUGUGGUCUAAAACUUGCCACAAGGAGAAGAGAGAGAUAGAGUUGCUCGUGUUUGAGACGAAGUACCUCAUUGCCAUGAAAGUCUUGGAGUGUUUUCAGUUCUUCUCUGCGGAACAGAGCUUUAUGUUCUUUACCCAGUGAAAGGUUCGAUAGCUGGUCAAAACAAAAUCAAGCAAUCAAUUUUCAGGUCUCUGAGUCUGUUCUGUUUCCACCCACUGGGGACAAAGCUGCAAUUCAUUUCAUUCCUGAAAAUUUGAAUAUGAGACUGCAUGAACAGAGACUCAUAUAUAGACAUGAGGACAAGACUGAGGCCAUACAUCAACCCAGCAAACAACACCAAGAAGAUGACUACUCCAAUGUGACUGAAAAAUCCUGAAGUGCAUCAGCUAUAUUCAGUCCUAGCUUCUUCUUCUUGACUGGUUGGUGUUGUUUCAGAAGAGGAGCUUCAGAAGCUAGCUACAAAGCACUGAAAUUCUCGGAGACAGGAAAAAGAAGACGUGCUGUGCUGUGCUAUGCUAUGCUAUGCUUGUUCCUGCUUCGGUUCUGUAUGGUUAGUUAAUUUGGUUGGCAUAUUUAGUUUCUUUUGUACGGUUAAGAAUUGUACUUCAUAUAAGAUUGUUCCAAUUGUGUUUGGUU